AUCACUGUUUUUCUCUGGUGAUGUUAAAAACGGACGACACAACGCCAAGCAUUUCGGUUUAGUAGUAAAUUGACUCUCGCUGAAAGCCACGCGAGAGUGGUGCGUCUUCUCGCCCUCGUCACCUGGAAACCACAGGAGCCCACGAGACACUACGACAGGUGACCCCGGACACGCACCAUGGAUGAUUCUGGGAUCAUCCGAAGACGGAGGCUGCAGAAGGAUCUACCUCUGCCGAGGAAAAGUAGCAGCUGCCGAACCAGUAACCGGAAAAGCCUGAUCCUGACCAGUACGUCGCCCACUCUGCCACGGCCGCACUCUCCACUGCCUGGACACAUAGGAAGCAGUCCAUUGGACAGCCCGCGCAACUUCUCACCGAGCGGACCUGCCCACUUUUCCUUCGCCUCUUCUCGCAGGGCUGAUGGUCGUAGAUGGUCUUUGGCUUCUCUGCCUUCCUCAGGAUAUGGCACCAAUACACCCAGUUCAACGUCCUCCAGCUCCUCCCAGGAGCGGCUGCAUCAGCUGCCCUUCCAGCCGACCAUGGACGAGCUGCACUUCCUGUCGAAGCACUUUGGCAGCACGGAGAGCAUCACGGACGAUGACGGGGGCCGGCGCUCGCCGCACGCCCGCCCUCGCUCCCGAAGCCUCAGCCCCGGGCGCUCUCCAUCCUGCUAUGACAAUGAAAUAAUGAUGAUGAACCAUGUCUACAAGGAGCGCUUCCCCAAGGCCACAGCUCAGAUGGAGGAGAGGCUGACGGAGUUCAUCCACAGCUUCUCUCCAGAGAGCGUCCUGCCCCUGGCCGAUGGGGUCCUCAGCUUCAUCCACCACCAGGUAGCUGAGCUGUCCAGGGACUGCCUGACCAAAUCUCGCGAGGGUCUCAUCACCAGCGUCUACUUCUGUGAGCUGCAGGAUAACCUGGAGAAGCUGCUGAAUGAUGCUUAUGAGCGCUCGGAGAGUUCGGAGCUCACCUUCAUCAUCGAGCUCUGCAAAAAGUUGUUCAUCAUCAUAUCUCGUCCCGCCAGGCUCCUCGAGUGUUUGGAGUUCAACCCUGAAGAGUUUUACCAUCUGCUGGAGGCAGCGGAGGACCACGCCAAGGAGGGACAGCUGAUGAAGGCGGACAUCCCUCGAUACAUCAUCAACCAGUUGGGGCUGACCAGAGACCCACUGGAGGAAAUCGUGAGCCUGGACAGCUACGACAGUGAGGGUCCACAAACUCCAGAGACCGAUGAAGCAGAGCAGGGGAGAGGGCGGACCAUGAAACCACCGAGUGAAGAAGAUUUCCAGAGCAUCAAACUGAUCAGCAACGGAGCUUAUGGUGCCGUCUACCUGGUGCGCCACAGAGAGACACGUCAGCGUUUUGCAAUGAAGAAGAUCAACAAGCAGAAUCUGAUCCUGAGGAAUCAGAUCCAGCAGGCGUUUGUGGAGAGAGACAUCCUCACCUUCGCCGAGAACCCGUUCGUCGUCUCCAUGUUCUGCUCCUUCGAGUCGCGGAGACAUCUGUGCAUGGUCAUGGAAUAUGUCGAGGGUGGAGACUGUGCCACUCUGUUGAAGAACAUCGGGGCUCUGCCUGUGGAGCUGACCAGGAUGUACUUCGCUGAGACAGUUUUAGCCCUGGAAUACCUGCACAACUAUGGCAUCGUCCAUAGAGACCUCAAACCCGACAAUCUACUGAUCACCUCCAUGGGACACAUCAAACUUACGGACUUCGGCUUGUCGAAGAUGGGUCUAAUGAGCCUCACCACCAACCUGUACGAGGGACACAUUGAAAAAGAUGCGAGAGAGUUCCUGGAUAAGCAGGUGUGUGGUACUCCAGAGUACAUCGCUCCCGAGGUGAUUCUCCGUCAGGGCUACGGGAAGCCGGUGGAUUGGUGGGCUAUGGGCAUCAUCCUCUAUGAGUUCCUGGUGGGCUGCGUGCCUUUCUUUGGAGACACUCCCGAGGAGCUGUUUGGACAGGUCAUCACAGAUGAUAUAGUUUGGCCUAAUGGUGAUGAAGCCCUGCCUGCAGACGCCCAGGACCUCAUCUCUGCCCUGUUGCAGACCAACCCUCUCCUGAGGUUGGGUACAGGCGGAGCGUUUGAGGUGAAGCAGCACGGGUUCUUCACCGAGCUGGACUGGAACAGCCUGCUGAGACAGAAAGCAGAGUUCAUCCCUCACCUGGAGUCAGAGGAGGACACCAGCUACUUUGAUACGCGCUCAGAUCGGUAUCAUCACAUCAAUACGUACGACGAGGAUGACACCAAUGACGAUGAGCCCGUGGAGAUCAGACAGUUCUCUUCCUGUUCUCCUCGCUUCAGCAAGGUGUACAGCAGCAUGGAGCAUCUGUCUCAGCUGGAGCAGAAAGCUACGACCUCUGUGUCCAGGCGGGAGCACAAGGGCCCGCGGGAUGACAAGGUCACCAAGAGAGAGAGCCUGGGCAGCUUCAGCAUGAGAGACAAGAGCUGGAGGACCGGGUCCCCCGAGAUGAAGCGCCUGUCUUGUUCAGAGUCCCUCUACAUGGACGGGGAUGCCAGCCCCCCUCUUGGUGCUCGCCGGCGCUUCUCAGCACUGAUGGAUACACAUCGUUUUGCCUCGCCUCUAGACACUGAGCCUGACUUCCUGUCCCGCCAGGCACCCAUCAGGGUCCGUGGAACCUCCCUGGAUGGGACCAGCGUGCCCUCCCCGAGCCUCCUGGAGCAGAGGAACAGUCUGAAGGAGAUCAACGGAGCAGACAAAUCCCCUCGACAUGGAGAGACCCCAGGAGUCAGCACGGCUAUAGCCAUAUUAUCCUCAGGUCCGGCAGCAGCCGAUCGUGAUGUGAUGACUCCUCUGUGUGACCCUCUGGGGGCCCGGGCCACCAACGACCUGGUCCUCCGCAGGGCGCGCCAUCAGCAGUUGUCUGGGGAGGGAGAUAAACGCAACUCCAGGGCUGGAAACAAGGUCAUAAAGUCAGCCUCUGCCACAGCCCUGUCCGUCAUCAUACCAUCAGUGGAGCAGCAUGGCGGCUUCUCUCCGCUGGCCAGCCCCAUGUCUCCCCACUCCUUCUCCUCCAACCCCUCGUCCCGGGACUCUUCACCCAGCAGGGACUUCUGCCCAGCCGUCAGCGUGCUGCGCUCCCCCAUCACCAUCCAGCGCUCUGGGAAGAAGUACGGCUUCACUCUCAGGGCCAUCAGGGUCUACAUUGGAGACAGUGACAUCUACAGCGUGCAUCAUAUUGUUUGGCAUGUGGAGGAGGGCGGCCCCGCACAGGAAGCUAGCCUGUGUGCCGGUGACCUCAUCACACAUGUCAAUGGGGAGUCUGUCCACGGUCUGGUCCACACUGAAGUGGUGGAGCUCAUCCUCAAGAGUGGAAACAAGGUGACCGUAACGACCACUCCUUUUGAGAACACUUCCAUUAAAGUGGGGCCCGCUCGCAAGGCCAGCUACAAGUGUAAGAUGGCUCGACGCAGCAAGAGGACCAUGGGCAAGGACGGCCAGGAGAGUAAGAAGCGUAGCUCCUUGUUCCGUAAGAUCACAAAGCAGUCCAAUCUGCUGCACACCAGCCGCAGCCUGUCCUGUUUGAAUCGCUCCCUGUCCUCCAGUGAGAGUCUGCCUGGCUCUCCAACUCACAGCUUGUCUGCCCGAUCCCCGACGCAGGGCUACCGCUCCACCCCUGAGUCCUCAUACCUGGGUGCCUCCUCCCUGAGCAGCUCUCCAGCCUCCAGCACCCCAAACUCCCCCGCUCCCUCUCAGCACAUGAGGCCCAGCUCCCUGCACGGCCUCUCCCCCAAACUCCACCGGCAGUAUCGCUCUGCCCGUUGUAAGUCUGCAGGUAACAUCCCCCUGUCCCCUCUCGCCCACACCCCCUCUCCUACCCAGUCUUCUCCUCCACCGUUGCCUGGCCACACGGUGGGGAGCUCCAACACCACCCAGUCCUUUCCCGUGAAGCUCCACUCCUCGCCACCGGUGGUCCGUCCAAGGCCCAAGAGUGCUGAACCCCCCCGAUCGCCUCUUCUCAAACGGGUGCAGUCAGCAGAGAAGCUGGGCUCGCCUCUGACCCAGUCCAGCUCUGGGGGGCUCGGGGGUCCGCUGAGGAAGCACAGCCUAGAGGUGCAGCACUCUGAGUAUCGUAAGGAUGCUUUCCUCUGUGAGCUCGGCCUCCAGAGCCUGCUGGAGACAGAGGGGGAACAUUUGCCUCAGAAUCCUCCACCCCUGCCCUCAUCCUCUACAAGUCCAGAGACGGGUGUCCUGAAGCCUGUAAGGAGACUAGGGAGACAGGAGUCACCGCUAAGCAGGGAAACACUGCUGGCUGGGAGGGAUAGGGAAGAAAGGGAGAGAGGAAGGGAAAGGGAAAGGGAGAAAGACAGGGCGACUGAUUCAGUCCUGGAGAGAUUGGGUCGGCUUGGAGGAACAUCAUCCCAGUCACCGUUAACAAGAAAACCUCAAACAAGUGAUCUGUCCUUUAGCCCGCAGGCUGGCCAGAGCUCCAGACUAAAUGCAGAAACCACAAAAACGACAACUUCCAGCACCCCUACCAAAACAACAGGAAGUCUAGGUGGUCAUAAGGGACCUGAAAGAAUUCCCCAGAGUCCGUCAGACUUGAAUUCAAAACAGCAAGACUACCAGGCAGCCAAACAUUUUUCACCUUACAGUAGAGAGCCCCAGGAGCAGCUAUGGGGCAGAACUGAACCAAAGCAGGAGGGAGAUAACAGAAACAGGCCUGGUCCGCUUAGUCCCGCCUUCACUAAGAGCUCUGCUUCUACUCCAGAUAAAUCAAUCUCCAUUAACGCAGUAAAAGCAGGUUUUCUCAGCAUGAACAAAACCUUUAAACCACCAGGUAUGGGGGACAGUCUGAGAAAGGCAGGAGCAGAGAGCAUUGACUCAAGGACUCCAGACUUUGGCUCCAAAAGCCCCAAACUCCCAGUUCGCGUUCUCGCUCCAGUCGUCCCCCCACAUGGGCCGCCGCUCUCGCUGGGCAAGGUAAGGCAGGGGCUUGGGCCGGUCAACUGCUACCGGGGAACCCUAGACUGGGAGGACAAAUGUCGUCUGGAGGUGGUGGAGGAGCAUUCGCCUUCCCCCUCUCCCUCCCCGACUUCUGUCGCCCCCUCCCUCUGCGGACCUUCCCUCUGUAAGUCCAGGCCUGUCUCCCCCGGUGAAAAGACGAGCUUCGUCAGCCAGCUGACCACUGUGGCCAAAAAUGUGCUCGGGCCAAUCAAGCUUGGCUCCCAGGAAUCGUCCAAGAGCAAAGACCUGCAGACUAAAGCAGCCGAGGAGAGGCAUGGAGGCUCAGCAGGAAAGUCUGACACUCCUGCAGGAGGUCGAGGGGCUUCGGUGGUCACCCAGAGUCCAGCUGGUUCAACACUAGAGAGGGCUGCAAAAGGUAGCAGCCAGUCAAAAAUGUGACCAAAUGGGACUUUAAAAGAGUAAAAGGAAAAUAAAUAUGCCUUUUUUUUGGAAGAACAAUGUAAUAGAAGUCAAGCACUUAAAAACAAUGUACAUUCCAGUGACAGAUUAUAUAAAAUGUUAUUUAUUGAUUCCAAUCAUUGACUGAUUCUAACUUAAAACCAGGAGAAAAAUAAUCUACUGUUAAGGUGCAUUAUCUGUUGAUUUUCUAUUUUAAAGUAUUUAAUAAGAAGACUCUUAAUGUAAUGUGGAACACUUUAUCAGAUGUAUAUGUGUGUGGGUCUAUGUGAAUGCAUGUCCUAUGGUAUGUACUGUACAUCUAUUAAAGGUACAAGAAGGUCAACAAGUGCUUUACCGAUCAAAACAUGCUGAAAACUGUGAAUACCAAAUCCAGUCACUCUAUUUGUGUCUUUCAAGCUGCCCUUUUUCAAUGUACUGCUUUUCAAACAGGACAAUGAUGAACUGAGUCAUAGUCAAAUUGUAAUUUUGCAUCAAGCUACAGAAAUGACACACUGCCUCAGUUUGGCUACAGCGGGGUAAACAUGAUAAAGCUCAUUUCUUCUUCAUCCAGCAGUUUACUGAGUUACUGUACACGGUCAGACAAAUCCAGAGCAGGCCCACUGUCACUGGAUGUCACGUCAAGCACUGUCUAGCUCUGUCUGUCGCAUGGGAUUGUGUGUAUGUGUGUGUUUGUGUGUUUGUGUGUGUGUGUGUGUGUAUGAAGCCACCUUGGGUCUAUUUCUGGUGGUUCUUGAAGGCUGUGUCCGUCUGCAUAGGAAAGCGAGUUUGACAGAGCUCAGGCUCAGCGCUUAUCUCCCCUUUGCAGGAGGGCUACCACAGCUCUUUUCUCCCCAUGCCUCUGACUGCAGCCGACACACAAACACAUGUACACACACACACACACACACACGCACCCACACACACACACACACCACAUCACACACACACACACACACACACACACACAUUGCCACAGGAGGCAGCAAUGUCAGCAGCUAAUUGUCAUGCAUUUAAACCCAUGCUCCCUGAAUUGGGACGUGAGUGUGUGUGCGAGUGAGUGACUUAAGAGGUGUGUGAGAAUGUGUGUCUUCUUAAGCGGCAAUAACACUCAGCAAGGGCCAUCAUAACUGAAAGAAAACUGGCAGCAGAUCCAUCCAGUAAACAGUUACAGGCUUCACUGCUACUUUAUUUACAAACCACGCAGUGAUAACUUAUGUGGAUAUAUUAAAAGGAUUGCAAGCACAUAUUGGGUGGAUCCAUAUGUUGUUUUGAGCCAAAACAGGAAAAUCAGGCAGUCAUGGAUGUAGCAUACUGUAUUGUGUUUGUUAAAGGGCUCUUUAGCUAAGGUAGGGGUAGUGGAUAUGGGCAUGGUACUGUAUAUCAAACAAGUUUAUCUGCAGUAUAAUCAGAAUGACUGUAUCGUGUUAGGUAGUCAAGAUUGAUUCAUGUAACGCUCACAUUGUAACACUGACAAAGAUUUGUGAAUCAAUCAUCUCAGCAAGAGUGCUGAAAAGUAUAAAAUGUUCUCCUGAAAAACAACUUGUGCUCUUCUCCCACUGUUGUAUUCAUAUCCUUAGUAGUUAAUUCUCAGUAACCAUCCAUUGUACAUAAUCUUAUGCAAAUCAAUUACAGAUGUGGUGACGACUGAUGUCACUAAACUGCUAAUAGCUGAUUUUCUGAAGGAAGUAGAUCUGUCAGAUUAUUUAAUCCAUCUUUGAUUUGUUACCUCACUCUGUGACAGUUAUUUAUUAAAACAACUUUGAUUAUUUGAAGGUCUACAAAUGUAAACUGAUUCAACCAACAACAGCAACUUCACACAGAGGAAGAAGUUAAUUGACUGGAAUUUGUUUUUUAAGUCCAAAAGGGAAAAGUCUAAGAUUUGUUCCCAAUCUGUUUUGCUAUGCUGGGAGCAGUUGCUCAUAAUUUUGUUUUUUAUUUGUUGGAAAAACUGAAACAAAGAGCUGGAUGUGGCUAAUAGCUAUUCUAUUCUGUGGGAAGUCGAUUUGGCUGGUCUUUUUACAUUUGUAGUUUUUAUUUAGAAGAAGGCUGUUAGCAAUUUAUUCUUGAAUCUAACAAUGUUUGAGGUUGUACCAAUCUUUUGACAUCGAAAGUCCCGGCCAUGCACUAACCAUUUCUUUUUGUGUGGCAUUGUACACUACUGCCCUCCAGUGGACAACAUAUCGACUAUUAAACAUGUUUCCAUAAAAUGUUCUUUUUAGUAAUCAAGCCAAGACCACCAAAAUACUGCAGAAUGGACUUUAUUAGCCAUAGGGUUACUGAUUAUGCAUUUGUUUUAAUGACAAAAUAUUUGCAGUUAUUAUCAAAUGGACACUUGAAACAUGGAUUAAUUCCCUUUCUGUUGUUGUGUUCUUCGCGUGACUGUUAAUUGUAUCUUCCGGAAUAGGGAUUAACAUUUUUAAUAUAAUAUACUGUCUUAUAUAUUCUACUGAUAGGACGCAGUUCUUUUUUAUCUUGAUGUAAUAAAUGAGUCAUCAGGUCAGCUCUGAUCACCUGAUUGGAAAACUAACUGUAAUGUAAUCUUAUACAGCUAUUAUGCCCUCUUUCAGGCCUUUUCCCAAUCAAUGGUGUCUAUGCUAGUGUUACAUGUUUGAGAUUUUUUUUUGUGAUUGACAGCGAUAGUAGUAUAAAUGCACUUUAUUUGAAAAGGAAAUCUUCAUUUGCUGGUAUUGUUUGUAAGUUACUUUGAAGAAAAAGAAAAUAUACUGUAUACAUAUAUGGAUUCUACAAAUGAACACAAAAGUCCAGUAUAAAAAACAUUCCACAUUUCUCUGUUCACUGAAGUGUAUUUAUUUGUACCAUGAGGCAUUUUGUUUGUGAUAGAUGUGAUUCAAAUGCAGACACCUGAAGUGCAGUAUGUGGAAUAAAAUUCUGAGAUUUGUUCCAAAA